AAAGUGAAACCAUUUACUGGGAUGGCUUUCCAGAGAAUGUUUCUGUAUAAAUCUGCAAAAGGUGAAUUUGACUGAAAAUGGCCAUGGAGAAAUCCUAGAGAGCAAAAAACAACAGGAAGAUGUCCUAUUGAGAAACACCCCCUCAACUUGACCAUGAGUCAGACAAGCAAGAAAACUCCCUCAGAUGGAGAAAGUAAAUCCGAGACUUCAUUUGUCAACAGAUUCCUCAGGGGCUCAAACCUCGGGUCCUCCAAAGCUGACAGCAGGAAAGAGAACAAUGACCCUACAACAGCUGAUUUCCAGCCCAGCGACGAGACACGGAAGACAGCCGCCUUAGACACUGCUAAGCUUCUCACCUCAGAAAUGGACUUGGGAUCCAGAAUGGAGAAAAAUGAGCAGUUCCUGCAGAAGCUGGGCAAAAAGGCUGUUGACAAGUGUCUCGAUCUGAAUAACUGCAGAUUAACAACAGCGGACAUGAGGGAAAUGGUUGCUUUGCUGCCUUUUCUCCCAGACUUGGAAGAACUGGAUAUUUCCUGGAAUGAUUUCAUAGGAGGAACCCUCCAUUUAAUCACCCAGCAAAUGCAUCUUGUCAGCAAGUUAAAAAUCCUAAGGCUGGGUAGUUGCAGACUUACCACUGAUGAUGUUCGAGCACUGGGAGACGCAAUUAAAGUGAUACCUCAACUUGAAGAGCUGAAUUUGUCCUGGAAUGGUAAAGUGGGAGGAAACUUGCCUCUCCUCCUUCAGAAUUUCCAAGAAGGGAGCAAGAUACAAACGCUUGAGCUUGUGGAUUGUGCCCUCACGUCAGAAGAUGGGGCGUUUGUGGGUCGGUUGCUGCCUGUGCUGCAAAAUCUUGAAGUCCUUGAUCUUUCCAUUAACGGAAACAUCGGCGGCAGUGUAAACAGUAUUGCUCAGGGAUUAAAGAGCACCUCAAAUCUGAAAGUACUCAAGUUACAUUCAUGUGGAUUAUCACAAAAGAGCGUCAAGCUGUUGGAUGCUGCUUUUGGACACUUGGGUGAGCUGAGAAAAUUAGACCUCUCCUGCAACAAGGAGCUGGGGGGAGGCUUUGAGGACUCGGCAGCUCAGUUGGCCACGUUGGAGCGUCUGGAAGCCCUGGAUCUUCACCAGUGCUCGCUAACGGAGGAUGACGUGGUGUCACUGACUCAGGUCAUCCCCUUACUCUCGAGUCUUCAAGAACUGGAUUUAUCCUCCAACAAAAAGAUGGGCAGCUCUUCUGAACACCUCCUCAGCAGGCUCCGAUUUUUACCGACACUGAAGUCGUUGCUAGUCAACAACUGUGCUUUGCAAAGUGAGACCUUCAGCGCCCUGGCUGAAGCCUCCAUUCACCUCCCUGCUCUGGAGAUAUUCGACCUUUCUUGGAAUAAGUGUGUUGGUGGCAACCUGAGUCUGCUUCUGGAAACACUAAAGCUCUCCACGUCCCUUCAAGUGCUGAGGCUGAGCAGCUGUUCCCUGUUGACAGAGGACGUGGCUCUCUUGGCAUCAGUAAUACAGACAGGUCAUCUGGCCAAGCUAAGGAAGCUCGAUCUGAGCUACAAUGACAGCAUCUGUGACGCAGGAUGGACCAUUUUCUGCCAGAACGUGUGGCUCCUCAAAGAGUUGACUGAGUUGGAUAUUAGUCUUCGGCCAUCAACUUUCCGAAACUGUGGACAAUGGUUUAGGCACUUGUUAUGUGCUGUGACCAAACUUCCCGAGAUCACCGAGAUAGGAAUGAAAAGAUGGCUCCUGCUGGCUUCACAGGAGGAAGAACUCGAACGCUUUGACCAAGAUUCCAGAAGCAGCAUCCACUUUGACCAUGGUGGGUUUCAGCAGGCUGAUUUCCCUUAACUCAGCCACCGACCAUUCUCCAGAGGAGGAAAAGAACACAAAUGAAUCCCAGUGUAACUAAAGGACUAUCAGUUUCUGGGCCAUUUAAUGGGAUUUAUGUUACAAGAGCUUUGUAAAAGCAUGUAUAUAAUAAUAGGAACAUGUCUUUAUCUUAUGAAACAAGGAUGACUUUUUUUGAUGGAUUUUCAAUUGUUUUCCAUAUAUAAUUAGUUUACUUACUGUUUAGAAGGCCUACCAGAAAUGUUUAGAUUCUGGUAAUACAUCUCCUUUUUUCUUGCCCUGGAAUUUUCUGCCUCGUCUUUUCCUGUGUGUUAAAUGUCCUAAAUAUAAGGGGGUGUGUGUGUGUGAAAUUCUAACAUGAAAGGCACUAGCUUUGUAAAUUUGUAAUCUUUAGUUUCAUGUUAUCUUUACUAUUCUUUUAUGUACCUCAAUGUAGUCUAUUUACAUUUUUUAUCAGAAAGUAUACCCUUCUGUGGUUUAUUAUUUUAUGUUUUGGUACCUUUUAUUCCAGAUAUGAACCAAAAAACUAAUAAUGAUCACUGACAUAAAUAUUAGUAAAAAAUGGUCAAAAAUUCAAAACCCUGUAUCAAAAACACAUCUUCUUGGGCCGGCCCGAUGGCGCAGUGGUUAAGUUCGCACAUUCUGCUUCUCAGUGGCCCGGGGUUCGCCGGUUCGGAUCCCGGGUGCAGACAUGGCACCGCUUGGCAAAAACCAUGC